AGAACAAGAAACGAUAACUCAUCGUGUGUCGAACCGUGCGUGUCGUGAUAUAAAUACAAAAAAGAGAAACAAAAAAAAGAAAGAAAGAAAAAAAGGGCGACCCGCGACAGGGUAGCCCCUGUUCCCGAAGAGAAGGCCUCGAACUGUUCGAAACCGCGAGAGAUUCACGCUUGGAACGGGUCGAUCCAUCGCGAAGGUGGUGACACUAUCAUCCGUGGAGAUGUGAUCCGGAACACAGGAGGGACGCUUAGUAGUUUGUAGUUGGCCCCCUCCCCCCUAGCCACCCCACCCCACCAGCACCCUUCGACCUACCACCUACCACCACCGUUUCUCUGCCACCUUUCUUCUACUGCUCUCCACGUACGUACACGUCUACACAAGCGCACCGGCAACCGUCCAACCGUUUCCAGCCACCGGCAUCACACCGACAUCGACGUCGAUCCAUCUUCCACAGAAUAUAUCGACUCUCUCGCUCUUUAUCUCUUUCUCUUUCUCUCUUUCUUCAUCUCUCUCUCUCUGUCUUUCUCCCUCUCUCUCUCUCUCUCUUUCUCUCGUAUGCACCCAAGCUUCCUCCAAUUCCGAUCCUGCGAGAUACGCGCGAGAUUACCCCCUUCAGAUACGCUGUCCUCUCUACCCGAGAGCUCCGACAAAAUCCCGAUUGCUCCUCUUCCCACACGUUUCAAUCAAGUGCCAUACAACGCUCAGCAGAAGACUGUGAUACGCAAUUUAUCUAUGCCUAGAAUCCGUUCGUUCAUCACGUAGACGAUAUUAGAAACGAUAUUAGUCGAACAAGAUCGAAGAAGAGUGGUAGACUCUCGGUGGGGUUACACCACGUCGACAAGAAACGCCACGAUUAGACGAACUGGAAAGAGAAGUGGAAGACUGCGAGGGAGAAUGUCGACUUGCACCGACGAGGCCGACAACGCACCCCUGCACAUGCAGGAGGCUCUAUCCCCGGUGCAGGAGGGGCCAGUGUCUCCGGCAUCCUCCUCGCUGAGCAACCAGAAUCAAAACGAGAGCGAGCAGCAGGUAUUACUGGCGACGAUGCAGCCUGUGAACGUUCUAGACCUGCACGAGCCAGCUACAGUUCACUCGCUCCAUCCCAAGUACCAUCAUCACCACCACCGCCAUCACCACCAUCACCACCAUCACCAUCAUCAACAGCAACAGCACAUCCAGCCGGAUCCGGACGACGUGCAACAAAGAGGCGACGAUCCAGAUGGUAGAGUGACGCCUGGCGCCGACCCAGCCGCCGCCAACACGACGCUGGGCGUCGGCGAGCACAAGAUGAUCGAUCUGAUCUACAACGACGGCCAGAAGACCGUCAUGUACACCCACGACAAGGAGAUCAUUUACGAAAACGAAGCGGAUCGCGUCCAGGUGGUCGAGUAUCCACCCCCGCCGCCCUCACCGCCAUCCCCAUCGCCACCCUCCGCGGUCACCAGAGCUGGACUACUGCCACCCGCCUGCGUCACGCCCAGAUCCGGCUCCGCGACGGCGUUGCACCUUCACCAUUAUCCCCAACUGCAGUUGCAACACGAGGAUGACCUUCCACCAGGUGUUCGCCACGCGGUCAACGCCACCGUACCGAAUUGUGGCGCGGCUACGACGACCACUACCGUGUUGGUGCUCUCGGAAUUGGUCGCUGCAGACCCCGCCGCUGGUGCUGCCGCUGCCCAACAACUCACCCUCACUGCCGCCGCCGCCGCUGCCUCCCUUCGUGCUGGACGGCGAAGCCGCGGGGAGGAGGAUACGAGCGGCGUUGACGAGAAUUCGCAGCAACAGCAGGCGAGCUACGUGGCGGGAGGUCAGCGCGACACAGAGGAAGAGGAAGAGCUGGGGGCAGAGGAGGCGGCGGCGCAGGCGGCGCAGUCCCUGCAGAGCGGCGCCGAGGGCGCCGAUCCAGAGGUACACAAGAGGGUUGCUGCCGUGCAGGUGCAGGUGCAGGGUAUGGAGGGCGACUGGCGGACGUACUGCGAGCACCCGCUCUCGGUGGCGACCGCGGCCAUGCUGAAUCUGCAGCAGCAGCACCAGGUCUCGGCCGUGGCCAGCCACGGCGACGACCCGGCUCCCUACGUCUACGAGUAUUACAAAUUGCCUGACAAGAACGCCGACGUCAAGCUGCCGCCUACCCACGAGCUUUGGUCCACGGGUGUGAUGGGCCAGAAGCUGCUGGUGCAGGAGGCGCCUGGCUCCGGUUCCGGUUCGGCGAAUCGGAUGGAAGGCGGCGAAGGCGCCGGUGGGGGGGAGCUGCACCACUUCCUCCACCAGUACAACCAACAGUCCCACAGUCCCGGGCAGAGCCUGCAGGGUGGCCUUCCGCUUCCGCUUAGCCCGCAGUCCCUCAGACACGACGGUUCCUCGAGCACCGGGAUCGCCGGAGUGAAAAGGGAGCCGGAGGAUUUGAGCUCGUCGAGGGGGGCGCAACAGUCCAGCAAAAGGCACAAGCAGGCGCAGCCGGACAGCCCCACACCGCCGGGGAUGUACCAUCAUCAUCAACAUCAACUACAGGUUCAACAAUACGGCAGCCCCUACGACCCGUACAGCUCGUGCAGCCCGCGCCUCCAGUCAACGACGUACACGUCGACCUCGGCGACGGGCGCUGCAAACACCGGGAAUCCGAGCGGAUUGCACCAGGAGGCGACCGCGGUCUACGUGACGGGGGACGCCCUACCACCUUUGGCAUCCUCGAGCUCGUCCUCGUUAUCGACCACGACCGCUUCGUACACGAGGUACGAGGUUGUGCCAAGCUCUUACGCGACGACACACGCGAUACGCUCCUCGUCGAGCAGCAGCAAAGUCCUCACCGUUGAUCUUCCCAGCCCCGACUCCGGAAUCGGCGCGGACGCGGUCACGCCUAGGCAAGAUCAUCAUCCGCCCACGGCGCUGCAUCAGUCCUCGUUCGACUACACGGAAUUAUGUCCCGGUGGAACGGCCGCUGGAGCUGCUGUGGUUCUCGAGAGCGGUGCUGUUAUACACCACCAACCAUUGCAGCUACAGCUACAGCAAAGCCACGCGCAAGCACAGGUGCAACGGGGAGCUUUGGUGUCCUCUGCGGCGACCAACUCCAAUCCUAACCCGAAUCCUCCGAGGUCGCGGCCUUGGCACGAUUUUGGAAGGCAGAACGACGCGGACAAAAUCCAGAUACCAAAAAUAUUCUCCGCCUAUGGAUUCAAAUAUCAUCUAGAGUCACCAAUUAGCACGUCGCAGCGUCGAGAGGACGAUAGAAUCACGUAUAUUAAUAAAGGACAAUUCUAUGGAAUCACGCUAGACUAUGUUCCUGAUCCUGACAAACCUUCUUUAAAGGCUGGCCAGACUGUUAAGAGCGUAGUAAUGUUGAUGUUCCGAGAAGAGAAGAGCCCAGAAGACGAGAUUAAGGCGUGGCAGUUCUGGCACGGAAGGCAACAUUCUGUCAAGCAACGUAUCCUCGAUGCUGACACGAAGAACAGCGUGGGACUGGUGGGCUGCAUAGAAGAAGUUGCACACAAUGCGAUUGCCGUUUAUUGGAACCCACUCGAAUCCUCGGCGAAGAUCAACGUGGCCGUGCAAUGUCUAAGCACUGACUUCUCCAGUCAAAAAGGCGUGAAAGGAUUGCCUUUGCAUAUCCAGGUGGACACGUACGAAGACCCACCGCCACACGCUCACACUUACACACCACCCUCGCAUCGCGGCUAUUGCCAGAUUAAAGUGUUUUGCGACAAGGGAGCUGAAAGGAAGACUCGUGACGAGGAGAGGAGAGCAGCGAAGAGAAAGAUGACGGCGACCGGUAGAAAAAAGCUCGACGAGCUCUAUCAUUCCGUCACGGAACGCAGCGAAUUUUACUCCAUGGUCGAUCUUCAUAAACCUCCGGUCCUCUUCUCUCCACCAGCGGAACACACUAUAGACAAGUUUUCGACGAUGGAGUUGUCGGGCUUCUACGGAGGUGGCGGCGGGGGCGGUGGCGAUACAGACACAUCGUCCCUGAGUAAUGGCGAGGGCGGAGGAUUGAAGGCGGGGGGCAGCAGCCCUUAUCCCGCCUGCGGCAGACCCAGCUUGCCAGCCCUCAAGUUCCACAACCACUUUCCGCCCGACAAUCUGACUAGCCUACACGACAAGAAGGACUCGUUGCUGAUGCAGGUGCAGGAGCUGCAAGGCUCGGUGCUGCAGGGGGUGCAGCAAGGCCUCGCCGGAACGGUGGUGUCCGGGGUCGGGAACCGGCUGCAUCUGCAACAGCAACCGCCUCAUCUACGUCCAACCGACGCCGAGGAACGAGUGAUGCUGUACGUUCGCCAGGAGUCCGAGGACGUGUACACGCCGCUGCACGUCACACCGCCGACCGUUCAAGGAUUGUUGAACGCUAUUGAGUCAAAGUACAAAAUUGCAUCCUCGAGUAUUAAUAACCUCUAUCGCAAAAACACAAAGGGAAUUACAGCGAAAAUUGACGACGAUAUGAUCCGAUAUUACGUGGACGAGGACCUGUUCCUGCUGGAGGUAACCCAUUCCCGAGUGCCGAAUCCAGAUCCGAGCAACGAGCGCAAUCCGGCCAAUCCUGGAUCACCUGGUGAUCCUGGUGAUCCAAGUGAUCAAGCCGCCACCGCGGGAUACGACGUCACCCUGAUCGAACUACCCUCGGCGUCGGCGCACAUAGCUCACUCGCCCCUCAAUUCCGCGCAUGGCCACGCGCACGUUCACGAGAGCGGCAACACGUGAACCUUUCGCCUCGCCGAAAGCACAAAGAAGAUGAAGAAAAAUGGAUGUAAUUACAUCGUACGUGGCUUUCGUCGUUUUGUGUAAAUAAGUCUGAGAGAGAGAGAGAGAGAGAGAGAGAGAGAGAGAGGGAGAGAGAGAGAAAGGCAACCGUCGACGGUCGCGAGAAAUCGUCGACACGGUGCAAUGUAAUAAGAAUUAUUGGACAGUUCGACCAGAAAAAGCUCUUCAGGGACCUGCUUUUUUGAAGAAAUCGCGUCGAGUGCAAGUGGAAGAAGGAGAAGAAGAAAAAUGGAAGAUAGAGAAGAGGAUUUCGGUGAAUGAUGAUGAAUAAUCAAUUGCCACUUUACCCCACCAGUGUUUAUCUUUAAGAAACAAAUUUACGAAGAAAGAAGAAAACUUAGGAGAGAAGAAUGUCCAAGUUGAGUUAUCCACGAGUUUUUGGACUACGUGUCACAAGUCGAACUUAAAUGAAACACGAGAAGGAAAUUCAGAACUGUUCUUCAUAUCGUACAAGAAUACAAGAAGUCAAAAAAAAAGGGAAAGAAAAACAAUCGUUAGUUGAUAGUGAUCGUCUUGUGUAACGUUUUGAAUGAUCGUGUCUGUUAGAUCGAUAUACAGAUAGUUUCGACGAUGUAGAGAAUUUCGUGGAUACAGGGUGAUGUUUGAUCGAUUCGAAUAUGAAUUGAUUUCGAAGAUAUAUACAAAACUUUAUUUAUCGAUAUUUUUUUUUUUCUCUUUUGUAUGUUUCGAAUUUUCUUCGUGAAAAUACUGGUUCAACAUCGACACUCUUGAUCUUCGAAGAAUUUAUAAUUCAAAAAAAAAAAAAACAUACCUCGUAUGCACGAAAUGUAACGAUCGAACAAUCUGUAUACGCAUUUAAACAUUUUUUAAUACGAAGCAUAAAAUCGCGAAGAAAUAUAUUUCUAACCAUGCAAGGCGACUCGUUUUUUAUAUUAUAAUUUUUUUUUUUUUGUUUGUUUUCAUUUGUGAACAAUUUAUAUCGAUGGUUGUUAGCUUAUAGAGUACCGUUGGCAUCGUAAUUGAAACACGAUGGCUGCAUGUAAAUCAAUCAAAAUUGAUUUAAGAAAUUCCCGCCCUUAUCCCCGUUAAAUAUUAAGUUAUAGAUUUAUAUAUAUAUAUAUAUAUAUAUAUUAUAUAUAUAUAUAUUACAUACGUAUGACGUAUAGAUGUAUAUGAUAAAAAAAAAUGCCACUCUAUUUUAUUGUAAUCGUCGGUUUUAGAGUUUAAAUACUUGUUUAUACGUUUAGAAAAACCGAUGGUCGGUAUUUCGACCAAUCGACGUGCACGAAGCAAGCUUAUUUUAUACCAAGACUUGUACGUAGAGAUAGAAAUAUAACUUUGAACGUCGCCAUUCCAAGAUAGACGGGUGCCAUCGAGCAUUUUAUCUCUUUAUAAUGUUGCGCUCAUACACGUUCAACUAUAAAGUAAGUUCUUGAUUAAGAUUCUCGAGCGGACUAAAUAGUUUCAUACCACCAGUUUGAACAUUCAAAGAUUCUUAUUUCCCAUUUCCAAUAUUCCAGAUUAAUCGAAGGAACGUUUAAACCAUCUCCUUCUCCUUUUUUUUUUUUUGCAUCAACUGUUUUAUAUCAUUAUUAUUAUUAUUAUUAUUUAUAUACGGAAUUAAUCGAAAAUCUAUUGAAUAGCAUCGAUUUAAUACUUCCUUAAAUAUUUUGCUAUCAUUUCAGAAUCCUCUUGACUAUCCCAGGAUCGUUUGAUAUUAUACAAAGAACAAGUAUUACUCAUUGAAAUACGUAAUCUUUUUUCUGUUUUUUCGUCGAGAUUGAAAUAGAAGAGAAAACAUACGUUCAUCCGCCGUAGUGGAUCACCAUUGCAACAAAUAUUGCAAUAUUUAAGAUAGACAAAUGCAUUACAUCGGUAUCUUAAGAAUAUUAUUUUGUUGAAGAUAAUUCUUUGAGAACAGAUAUUUCCAGUAGAACAUGAAAUUCCCUGAAAAAAAUACAUAAAUGAAAUAAGAAUUUUAAAGAAUAUAUUUUAUUAAAAUGAUUUUUAGAAAAUAUAUAUAUCCGUUUAUAAGUUUCCAUAAUUAAAAACUAUCAGUCGUUCUCGAAGGGUUUUUAUUUUAACGUAUAAACCCCAUGAAACCCAAGUUUAUCUUGAUUAUGGCAGAAACGGAAUAUACAAUGAUCAUAACCAAUGAUUCUCUGCAACGUCGUAGAAUCUGAAACGAGCGACAAGAUAUUAAAAAUUGUCAAUAGCCUUUGGUUAUAUUAUCAUUUUUUUUUUUUUUUCUUUUUAAGGUGAGACAACAUUAACGUGCCACUGGUAAAAACGAAUCAUUUCAUCAUCACACACAUCGCGUGAUUUUUAUUGUAAAAUUACAUGUCGUGCACACGUAUACAUACACGUACACACAUUUACGCACAUACACUCAUCUUAAAAAUUAAAAAUUAGUAAUUAGUUCGCAUUUAGGUUGGACUAGAAUGCAUCGCGAUCAUGACUGCAUCACUGUUGUCUUCAUUUUUUUGUUCUUAUGUGAAAAGGCAAAAAAAAAAAAAAAAAAAAAAAAAAAAAAAAAAAAAAAAAAAAAAAAAAAAAAAAGAAUGAAUAAUUAAAUAAACAUAUACACAUCCUAUACAUGUAUCACAACACCAAUAUCAAAGCAAGGAUCAAAAUACGCUUGUAAAAUGCAUAUUAUUAUAUGAGUACUAUAUUUUGUUACAUCUAUCUGCAAGACAGCAUAUAGUUUGAUAUUAUUAAUAUUAUUUGAUUCUAUUGACUAGAGCUACGUAAUACGUAUAUUAUUAUAAUAAUUAUUAUUUUUUAUACAAGGAAUGCGUGUAUUCAUGGUGCGAGAAUGAGAAUAAAAAAAAUCGUAACAGAGGUAAAAAAAAAAAAGGGAGGAAGGAGAGAAAAAGGCAGAGCGAUAGUAGUAAGAAUGAAUGGAAGAAAUAAUCAGUAUGCUUGAAAAAAAAGAGAGUCGUGUCCAACGAUCGUACGAAAAUUUGUUAGUGUUACUCCAUGACAUUUUUUUUUUCUUUUUUAUUCGUAAUCGAUAUUUUCCCCUAGCCUUCCAACUUCCAACUUCAUCAAACAAUCUUACAUCAUAAUAACUAUCCACCCUGAACACCUUUCGAUCGCCUAAUUAUUAUUUUCUUCGUUAUUUACAGAUGUAGAUCUCGCAAGAGAUUCGUGCAUGUGUGCAUUAGAGAACGAUUUUGCCGAUGAACGAUUUUUAUUUGCUAUCGUAUCAUCCCUUAUAAUCCUUUACGUUUAUUAAUAUUAUUAAUUAAUGAUAUAUCAUGAAAGGCAGCCGUGUUACAGUCACGAGGAGAUCUCAAUCGCGAUUAGAAGACCGGUGAAUAAACAUUAGAGUAGAGUAGAAGAUUGAUCAAUCAAUCAUUUUUUGUAUUUUCUUUUUUUUUUUUUUUUUUUUUUUUUUUCCUCUCCUUUUCCUCGUGUUAACGCGUUAUUAGAAAUAUAUCGCAUAGCAACAUGAAGCGAGUAUGUGGUCUUCUCGUGAUCGUUUCCCAGCCGUCUCGAUAUCGUACUUAAAGCGACAUAAACGGCGAUGCGAAACGAAUCCACAGGCUUCGCCUUUAUUUUGUUAGAAAUGUAGCCGUGUAAGAGGAGGAAUGUUGAAACCGGCCGAUUUCGGGCUGAUGCGCGCGUACUGUACUGUUUUGUUAAAGGAUCUUGAAGCCGGACAAGUUGCGGAAUCAGAUAAAAAUGAUGCGAGAAUAUCGAAAUAUAAUACCGUUUUCGCGUUGUCUUGCCAUCGUGAGAUUGUGCCAGAGGUGAUAUUAUAUUACGCUGUUUAUUGCAAACAAUAAAUAUUAUAUUAGUACGUUUUAUAAA